CUCUCUCUAACCUCACCAGGGCAAGACUGGGAGAGAUGGAUACCCGGGCCCGCUCGGCAUGGAUGGCAAACCAGGUCUCCCAGGUCCUAAAGGAAGUCAGGGACCAGUGGGACUCAAGGGAGAUAAGGGUGACCAGGGAGACAUUGGGCCCAGGAUGGUCUUUCCCCGCUAUGACCACGGCUUUAUGUCUGGUGACCAGUCCAACUUUCAGAGACGCUUGAUGAAGGGUGACCAAGGAUCCCCGGGCCCCAGAGGCCCUCCUGGGAACACAGGCAAGGACGGGCCCCGCGGCCCCGCUGGAGAACAGGGUUUCCCUGGUCUCGAUGGUGUGGAGGGACAAGCAGGUGUACCUGGAAAGCCGGGUGAAGAUGGCGAGCCAGGAUACCCAGGGCCACAGGGACCCCCAGGGUCAAAGGGGGAGGCUGGUUUGCUGGGAGAGAAGGGGGAGAGGGGCAUGGACGGACUCCCAGGGUUUAAGGGAGACAAAGGAGAUAUCGGAGAGCAAGGCACCCAGGGAGACUUGGGUUAUCCUGGUGAAAAGGGGGUUCCUGGCUCUACUGACGUCAUUGACUUCAAUGGGAAGCUACUAGAAGCCUUCCAGGCCAUCCAGACCAUCAGUGUCGGGGGCCCACCAGGGUUACCGGGGCCCCCAGGACCCCCAGGAGGAAAGGGAGAGCUAGGCUUGCCUGGGACAUCUGGACUAGAUGGGGAGAAGGGUCCGAAGGGAGAUAUGGGGGAGACGGGGUCGAUCGGAGAGAAAGGAGAGAAAGGAGAGAUGGGUCUCUCUGGGCCAGGGGGGAGGGAUGGACAGAAGGGGGACAAGGGAGACUCCAGGCUGGAAGAUAACCUGGUUCAGAUGAUUUCUCAGCCAGGCCCUCCCGGCCCCCCGGGACCCCCUGGACCUACAGGGUACAUGGGCCAUCAUGGAACGCCUGGCCCUAAGGGAGAGCCUGGAGACAAAGCUAAAGGGGAGAAGGGAGACAUUGGACCUGCUGGACUGAGGGGUGUUGAUGGCCCUCAGGGUCCCCCCGGCUCCACAGGAUUGGUGGGUCUCCCAGGGACCAAAGGAGAGAAGGGCAAGUCUGGGGAGCCUGGAAUGGAUGGUUUCCCAGGCCUGAUUGGAGAGAAGGGAGACCGGGGAGACAGAGGAGACAAGGGUGACCGGGGGACGGUGGGGAAGAGAGGUCUGAAGGGCGGUAAGGGGGAGCAGGGUCCUCCUGGACUGGACCAGCCCUGUCCUGUGGGUUCUAGUGGGACUAAAGGACUUUCUGAUGAGGAGGUACAGUCCGCUUCUCCUCCUCUUCCUCCUUCUGGCCCUGAGGCCUCCUGUCCUUUGGGGCAGGAUGGACUGCCCAUACCAGGAUGCUGGCACAAGGAGGAGAAGGACGAGGAGAGGAGGAGACAGAAACUCAAACGCAAGCGUCUCGCUCUCUCUCAGCCCAGAGGGGAGAGCAGGCCUGGAGGACAGAGGGAAGACGCGGGAGAAACAGACAGUCAUGGGAGCAAAGAGGACAGACAACCUCUAUUGAGAGAGUCAUGAAACAGUUCCGUGCAAUUCAGUUCACUGAAGAAUAGUGAGAUCCUGCAUUAUGGAAAUAUACCAGUAGAGGGAGACACAGAACACUACAUUUACACUUUCACCUGAAGAGGAAUCUCACCCAUUGGCUGUUGUCGUUUUUUUACCACACUCACAGUUGGUUCUGGGCUACAGAGGCAAGAAUUUUCCUAUGAUUACAUAAUAAUAAUAAUAAUAUAUGUCUGUGGAUUCAGCCGACAGAUAUGAUGAAAGUGUUUUUAUGAUAUGAAGUAUGACAAUUUAAUUUGUUGCUCUUCUUUACUUUAGUGUUUCCAUUUAAUAAAGUGCAUGAUCAACACAAGUCACAGCAUUAUAUAAAGUAGCUUCCCCCAUACCAGCACACUAAGGCAAUAAGUUACUGAGGUAUUUACUUUGCAAAGAACAAUCUCUUAACAGUCUUUCCAUGUAAAAUGCCACAAGGCAUCGUUUCUUUAUGCAGAUGGUUUUUUUUUUGUUUGUGUGCGUGGGUGACACUACCGGGAGUGAUGACAAGUGUGAUGUUUUAUUUGAUUUUGAUCUCGUUCAGUUACAUUUGCAUUCCUGUGCAUGGACGUGUUUGUAUAAUAUACAGAUGCAUACUAAGUUCACUGUGUUAAAUUCAACGUCAGAAUUGAAGGAGCCAUUUGCAGUAUUAACAAAUAUGGAGUAAUCCAUCAAUGAAGAUGAAUAUGAAGUUCAUUUGAAUAUUAAGUCACUUUGUGAUUUUAUAUGGCAUUCAUCAGAUGCCAAAUAGAAAUAUCACAUCAGUAUUUGCUGACAGUGUUGACAGUACAGUGUUGAAGACACGUUUUAUUUAAGUAUUAUCACUUAACCUUAGCGAAAGAGACAUUUAGAUGAAAUACUGUUCUCUCAACAACAGUAUGAAUUCUUGCUGCUGACUUAAAAUUGUAUUGUUUGUUUUUCUUAACCAAUGAGUUUAGUUAUAUAAGACAAGAGUUCACAGACUGAAGUACAAUAAUGUACCUAAAGUCGUUGAUUUAAUAAUAGUUAUACUCGUUGAUCUACAUUGACAAAAAGGUAAGCAUUGACGGUUGGUUUCACUAUACCUACUUGUUUGUUUUUUUUAUACAUUAUCACAUCAUGAAUGACAUUUUUUCAUUUUCUUCUGAUUUACAUAUUUCUUUUCUGACUUUAUGGAUUGUCUUUUGGAGAUGUAUCUUAUCGGUGCUCGAUCACUCUUUCUAACUUUAUGAAUUCUCUUUUAGAAAUCUAUCUACUUGGUGCUCGAUCACUCUGCGUUUCUGUUUUUCUCAAGUCUUCCUGUAUGGUCCACACACAACACACACACACACACACACACACACACACACACACACACACACACACACACACACACACACACACACACACACACACACACACCUCAAUUUCAAUGUCAAGAGCACAUGGCAUAUAUAAGUAACUUGUCUUGUGGGUUUCACUAUACCACAUUUAUGCUAUUAAGAUAAGAUAAUAAACAACUAGUUCAUUAUAUUGUACUUUAUUAAUGUACCAUUUCCAGUAUUUUUAAUUCACAAAGUGUUGUAUUUGAAACUGGGAUGUAGUGCACAAUCAUAUUUGUUGUUUUCUUCAACCCUGUCAUUUAAAGGCCCAGUGCAGUCACUGUGAAAGUGUGAACAAAUGUUAUCAGUGUUAUUUCCUAAUAGUUCCUGAUUGAAAAUACAAUCUACACAGGACCUUUCUAUUCAACAGGUUUUCAUGGGCGGGAGGUUGGUAAAUUGGUUAAUAGACCAAUAUAAAGUAGACUUUAAACCUCUCCCCAUUUUAAUUCAAAUCUAUUACAGUAAGAGAAUUAAUUGUUACCAAGAAAUUAUUUGAUAUUGAUAUAAAAAAAAACGUCUGCAUUGGGCCUUUGAUGUUGGAUAUAUGCAGCAAUGUGUGUGGUACACUACCUUAACAAACUGGUGUUUCUCUGCAAUAUUACAGGUUUAUUUCUUUGGCAGAUAUCCUCAGUUUCUCAUUUUUUAAGGAAUAAUUGCCAUCCAUUGGUGACACAAUGUCUCAGUACAGUUUAGCGUGUUUUAUAACAAAAAUAUUACAGUAUUAGGUCGAUUUUAUGAGUUUGUUUAUUUGGUUGUGUAUUUGGUUGUAAAAAUAAUUAAGCUAUUUUUGUAACUGCUAUCUUUAUCUUUGUAUUAUGUUACAUCUGUUCAACUCAACAUGUAGACUGAAAUAAACUCCAUAAAAUAUACUGUUA